AUGCACGAGGACUUUCCCAGCUCUAGUGUGGCCUUGCACCUGUGGAACUGUGACGUGACGCCCAAGGAGGCGAUCGAGUGGACGCUGGAGCUGGCGAAAGCAGCCGAGUGGCUCAAUGUCACCGGUGUGGCGCAUCGGUUCAUUCGCCCGGAGAAUGUGCUGCUCAGUGGAGAGGGCAAUGUCCUCCUGGCUGGCUUCGACGCUGCCGUCAGCUUCUACAAACUGGCCAAUGACCGAGAGGGGGAGAAGUUCAUCCUCCAGGAGCCAGGCUUGCCACGAGAGAUUCCCUUUGAGCUGUGGGACCACCUGCCGGCGGAGUGCUUCGACAAGCCCUAUGACCCGCAGUUUGUGGAUUCGUGGAGUAUUGGCGUACUGCUGUGCACCAUGCUCACUGGCAGCCAUCCCUUUGAGGUGGACAUGGCUAAGCUGUCCACUCAGGCAGCCUCUCUGCCGCAGCAGUGGAGACAGUCCACUGAGCGGGCCAAUGUGCCGUACGAGGGAAAGGACGACGACGCACUGCGCUCCCUUCUCGAUGACAUCUUCCAGCCUGCCGAACAGCGAAUGAUCACCUUUGACAUGAUACGCGACAUUAGACUGCUUCGCGUCAUCUCGCCCUCUAAGGCUCGCAUUGGACCGGGGGUGUACUACCGCAUUGACAAUCACCCUCACAACCCACCCCAGUCAGCUGGUGGCAGCACCAUUGUUCAGGCAGUGAACUCCUACAAUACGUCACUGCUCAGCACCGACUGUAGGGCAAUGUUUGAACAGAAGAAGUGGCAUGUGAACAUCAAAUCGGAGGAAGCACUUCGACAGCGGACAAACGGCACCAGCUACGAACUACUGCGCAAUGCCUCCUUUGGCAGCAGCUUUGCAGUCUUUCGUGAGCCCUUCCUCGCGGCGGCCUCUCUCGAUGAGGCCGGCAACCGAAAGGGCUUCUUUCUUGCCAAGAUCUUUCUCAUCAGCCGGCUUUCACCCAAGUACGGCAGCAUUCUGCGUGUGGAAAGCAGCAAGAUCAUGCAUUACCUUGGCGCUCACAACACCAUACCAACUCUGCUUCGUGCAGUGGACAUCUUCUUUGCCCCAUCAAAAUCUGCCUUUAAAGUGAUCAUCUUUUACGCGAAUGAGUUGCUGAACAGCAAAUCACUGCAUCAACUGACCAUGGAGAAGGUGUUUGAGGGUGCCCAGCGCAAGGACACCUUUGACAGUAUCAUGCUCCAGUUAGCGGAAACAGUGCAGGCAUUGGCCUACCAUGGCGUCUCUCAUCGCUACCUUCGUCCAGAGUUCAUCUUCUACACUAGUUCUCGCAUCAUCAAGGUGACCAACUUGGAGAUGAUGUGCUUUGCCUUAAAUCCAAUAGAAGGCAAGUCAAUUCCCCGCUCAAAGGGAUUGCACGAUGACCAGGAACAAAACUGGACACACCUUCCUCCAGAAUGCUUUUUCGAACGCUAUGACUGCCUGCUGCUGGACGUCUGGAGCUACGGAGUUGUGCUGGUUUUUUGCCUUACUAAACGGAUCCCCUUCAAAGUGCCUCACACUAUUAUCGAAGCUACUAAAGUUUGGAGUAAGUUCAAUCAGGGAAACGCCUCUACAUUGGCACCGUUCAGUGAUCUUCUAAAAAAGAUUUUCCAAUCAACGGAAAAUCGUAUUAAAGGCAGCGAACUAGUUCAAUGGUAUAAUUUACAGCGAAUGAAAAAGAAAAAGGCCUCAGAUAAAUCAUCUUCAAUUGGCGGCAAACCUACAAGUAAAAAGUAA